AGAGACACCAACCUUCAAGCAGUCCGUUUACGAGCAUCAAUGUCAGAGCUACAGAACAAUCAUAUGAGCAAUAUCACAAGAACAAUUUAAAGUAAGAGAGAAUAUUCCUUCAAAUUACAAAAAUGUGAGUGAGAAUUUCUACUAAAAGAUACAUACAUACCGGAUCUGGUUGAAAUCCAUGUAUCAAUGAUUAAGUGCAAGCAAAUUUCACGUGUAAAAUCGUUAUUAUAAAAGAUAAAAUUAACGCUUAAAUUUGGAGGUACAGCACUAAUUUCGAAAAAUUAUCAAAACCAUCAUGGCAAGACGAAAAAGUGGCAAAAGGACACGUCGCAAGAAUAAUAUGCAAGAAGUAUUCCAUCAAUCGUCCAAAGACAAAGCCUGCUUAAUACUCAAUAAUUCAGAUAUAACCGAAUCAGAUGCAGAUCCCAACUCUACCCUGGAAACGUCAUCAGACACGUGUGACGUACACAAUCGAUCGCCAGAAUCUGUGCUAUGCGAACCGUCACAAGGUGAUCCUCUUCGUUUAAAAGAUUUAAGUCCGAAGAUUGCUGCAAGAAUUCCUAAGAUAAGGCUUAAUCUGGACUUACCUGAAAAUGAAGAUGAAGAGGAGGCAUCUGCGACUGGAACAUGCACAGCGAUGCGGAGUACCGAAUCGCAAGGCGUAUUAUCAAAAUUCGAACAGGAGAAAAAUGAUAUAGCUAUAGAAUGUUGCGAUAACAAUUUAUUGGAAAAAACAAUAUCCGUCAGUAAAAUUAUCAAGAAUGAAUUGGACACAAACUCUGAUAGCUGGGGUACAAAAUAUUUUGAUAAUGGAAACAGCAUGAGAUUUGCUGGUAGUAAUGAUGACUCGAUAGUUUCCUAUAGUAAAUGUUAUGUGCGAUCCAAUAAUAAAUUAAAUGCCUUGUAUUUUAACAAUUUGCAUUCCCGAUCGCAAUCAUCGGAUCGUAUGCAAGCAUAUGGGGCAGGCUCUGCCAGUAGUAUACCAUGCACGUUUAGGAGUGACCAACAUUUUUUAGGAUCAAGUAAAACCCUUGAUAAUGACGAGAUAUGGUUUAAAACUAAGAAUGACUUUGCAAGAAUGAAUGAUGCACAACUAUUGGAGACGUGUUCGGAUCCAGGAACAUCCAAUUCUACAAAUCAUCGUGACAGAUCUUUGAAAUAUUCAAGGGUCUUUAAUAAAUUUGACAAGAUGCAAUCAUCGCAGGAUGCGAACAAUGAUUGCUCAAAUUAUUUUAUGCAUAUUGAAGACGAGUCGAACGGAUGUUGCUCUCGGAGUAGCUCCCCACCUGCCAAAAGGUGUCGUACCUCUCUCAAAUACGACCCACCCAAUAAAUCUUAUAUACCGUUUACACCUACAUUGGACUUGCCAAAAGCACCAGUUGAUUUGAUGCAGAGUAAUGAAAAAUAUAAUGGAAAUAAAGACAUUUAUUACAGCAUGCCGGAUUCUAUUACGUCUCUAGAAUUACCUACAGUAUCUGAUUCAGACUGUAAAACUUUAGAGGUAAGAAAAUUUCUUUUCUAUUACAAAUCAUUGUUUCUUAAUACAAUUCUUGUUUUUCUUGUAAAAAUUUUACAGGCGGAAUCGCAACUAUCGAAUAAUCCACAGCAUCAGUUAGACUGUAUUCAAUGUUUAUCUACUGUGCAUACAUCGGCAAGAAAAUUAAAGAAUCUAAAAGCGCCCUUUUCGCGUAUAAGUGAAUUCUGUGUGUGGCUCGCUAAGGAAAUUAUACAAUUAGUCAGAAAAAGUUGUUCUACAAUUCGUAAAGCCAUUUUGUCAGUCACUGUAAGGACUCUUAGUCAAGACACCAUGACCAAUGAAAUGGCCCAAAUUAUUGCUACCAUACGGUGUGAGAAUGAACAUAUAGUAUCAGUAUUGUCUGAAAAAGUAAAUAACAUUUCAGAAGAACUACUUCAGGUUCGAGUGAGAAGCGAAGCGGCAUUAGCAGCCUUGACAACCGAAGUCAGCGGAAUGCGCGAGGCUAGUAAUCAACUGGUCCAAAACAAUAGCCUUUUAACAAACGAAUUGAAAUCUUUGCACGAGGUCUUGGACGGUGUAAAGUCAAAGUCUGCCCCAGCAUCUUCUGCAACGCCUCCACCACCUCCUCCACCUCCACCACCACCACCACCUCCGCCACAGGAAUCCCAACAAAUCACACCAACAACACCAAACAGCAGUAGAACCAUUAGAACACCGACGAGAAAGUGUUCCACACCUUUGUUGAAUAGGCCUCCCAUAACAGUGGAGGAUUUGUUGAAAGUCACUUUAAGGAAGGCACCGCAAAGCGCCAAGGCAAAUCGUUGGAACACUGUACCUGCUCCUAAGGGUCCUGUAGUAUCCUUGGACAUGCUACGUAGUGUGAAAUUAAAGUCCGCCAGGCGCAGGACAAAUGAUCAAAAUGUAAGAUCACCGCGAAGUGCGCGAUCCCUUAAGAAUCGCACAGCUCCUAGUUUCAGUCUUUCUCCGAUAAUGGCAGGGGCAGAAGGCUCCCUGGGAAGGAUCCUGAGGCAGGUCGACGUGAACACGAGGCGUGGUUCAAAAAGAUCUCUAUCGAACUCAACGAAUGGUUAAGUGUAUUAUAUUAUUUAACCUUUUUUAUAUGCAUAUAUAUAUAUAUAUCAGCUACCCCCAAGUGGACUGAAUACAUCAGGAGUUCCGGAAAAACCUGUUAAAAAUACUUUUCACACACUAUAUGUAUAACGUUGAAAAGUAUUUUUAGGAUUCCAAUGACGAGAUGAGCUUUGAU